CACAACCGCGUUCACAGUCUCCUGGAUUAACACCGUCGAAUACGACCACACGUAUAUUACAGCAGCGCCUGGCGGUUGCCGCUGCUGCAGUGGCGGCGGCACGUAACGUAAAUCAGCAGCAUCAUCGGGAUUCACUCGACAUAGAACGAAACGAUUUCAAUAAAAAAAAAUGAAGGUUAAAAUUGACACUGCAAAAGCGAAAAUUCCCACCAUUCGUACCUCGUCAAAUGCCAAAGAGGAAGUUAGUUUAGAUCCUCAUGAAAAUGCUUUAGUUUUAAAAUUGGAACGAAAACGUAGCAAAAAACUAACUCGAACUCGUCACUUCCACGUAGUAGCAGACGACGAUGAAGACGAUGAACUUAAGGAAGAAGAAACCGAAAUGGAAGAUGUUCGAGAAGUGGAUUUUGAUGAAAAUACUUCGGGCCAAAAUUCGUUUGAUAUUUUGCCAGCUUUAUCAGCGUUGACAUCUACGACACCAACAACAACAACAGCCACACGAAACAAUCUUAUC